UGUCAUAACCCAUAGUCCAUUGCCAUUCCUUUACCCCAUCCCACCCCCUCCAUUUCCUCUUCCUCCCACCCACCGUCCCCACACUGAUAACCUCAGAUUGGUGAGCACCAACAGGUGCCUGCCCCACAGGCUUCCCAGUACAAACACAUUCCGCCCUCUCGUCACUCCCAGCACGCGCACCCAAUCAGACCGUGGUUUCACCCAUGGAGCCAUGGCCUCAAAGAGACGAAGGGACAGGACAGAGAGUUGCGAACUGAGGAGUCCGUGGUGCUGAAGGUAUCGACUAGUUGUGGUCCAAGUGAAGGUGUGCGUGUAAAUGCCUAAGGUGUGUCAUUUCAGGACGUUCCAUUGAGAUUCCAGGUGAGGGCCAAAGUACCUGAAGCAGGGAGUGGGGCUUUUAAUUGGUAUAUGUAAGUGUAAGAUGCCAUGACUGUCAUAAUGGGACAAAAGAAGAUGAGGAUGAAUGUUCACGGGAGGAUGACCGUGUUUAUCAUCGUAUGCAGCUGCGUUUGUCUCACUCUUACUGGAGCCUCAGAAACAGAGCGGAGGCUCCAUCAGAAGCUUUUUGAAAAUUACAACAUGAAAGUCAGGCCAGCCCGUUACUGGGAGGAGAAGGUGAUGGUUCGGGUGGGGAUGACCCUCUCUCAGCUUGUCAGUUUGAAUGAAAAGAAUGAGGAGAUGACAACCAAUGUGUUCAUGAAUCUGGCAUGGUCAGAUUACAGGUUGUCAUGGAACCCAGAGGAAUAUGACAACAUUAAUGUUUUAAGGAUUCCUCCCAAUAAGGUGUGGCGUCCUGACAUCUACCUCAUAAACAAUAAUGAUGGUCAGUUUGAUGUAGCCCUCUAUGUCAACGUCUUGGUUUACAACGAUGGGACAGUCAACUGGCUUCCCCCAGCCAUCUACCGCAGCUCUUGCUCUAUAGAGGUGUCGUACUUCCCAUUUGACUGGCAGAACUGCAGCAUGGUUUUCCGCUCGUACACUUAUGACUCCUCCGAGGUGGACCUGCAGUACUUUCUGGAUGAUGAUGGCAAAGAGAUCCAUGAGAUUGUUAUAGAUGAGAAUGCUUUCACUGAAAAUGGAGAAUGGGCCAUCUGUCACAAACCCUCAAGGAAGAACGUUAAGGAGGACUUGUAUGAAGACAUCACUUUCUACCUCAUCAUACAGAGGAAGCCUCUUUUCUACAUCAUCAACAUCAUUGUGCCCUGCAUCCUCACCAGCGUGUUGGCUAUAUUUGUCUUCUACCUGCCUCCUGGAGCAGGAGAAAAGAUGACUCUCUCAAUUUCCGUUCUCAUUGCUCUGACUGUCUUCAUGCUUCUGCUGGCUGACAAGGUCCCCGAGACUUCCCUCGGCAUCCCAAUUAUCGUCAACUACGUCAUGUUCACCAUGAUCCUGGUCACUUUCUCUGUCAUUCUAAGUGUAGUCGUCCUUAAUCUGCACCACCGAACUCCUAGCACGCACAUCAUGCCAAACUGGGUUCGAAAGGUAUUCAUUCACUUCCUGCCUAAGUACAUCGGCAUGACGAGGCCAAACCCAGAGGAGCCUCUGUUGAAAGAGGGGUCUAGUGAAGACACGCCCCUCCAAAGCUUCAGUGGCAGGCAGCCUGGAGGAGAGUACUUCUUCCGCAAGAUCAACCCCGAUCUCGUCAUACCCUGGAGAGGAAGGUGUGAAAGCACAGUGCAGCUACAGCGGCUCCCAAACACUGACAGCUUCUGUCUGAUCCUCCCUCCCAACCUGAAGUCAGCCAUCGCUGCUGUGACAUACAUGGCCGAGCAGCUGAAGAAGCAGGACACGGAUGACACAAUGACAGGAGACUGGCAGUUCAUUGCCCUCGUGGUGGACCGUCUCUUCCUCUGGUUGUUUGUCAUCAUCACCACCCUGGGCACCCUGGCCAUGUUUUUGGAUGCCAGUUUCAACUAUACACCAGAUGACCCCUUCCCAUAAAAGACAAAACACACACACAGCCAUGUUUCCAUCACUUUUGGGGACACUAAACAGAGUUACAUUCAUUUCCUGGAGGCUCAG